GGAGCCUGCAAAUGAAGAGGAGGAAGUGGAGGGCGGAGCCUGUAUGUGAUUGACACCCGAAGGGAUUGACAUCACCAUCAUGCGAUGUGAAGUAACGGCGACACACACCGGACCAUAAAACUCAUAUUAUUCUCCAUCAUUUACACAGAUAGAAAGUGGUUUCUAAAGACUGUCGACUGUUUUAAAUGCUGUCGCGUUCUUCAUGGAUUAAUGUUCGCACGUGUUUAUUGUGUUGUGUGUGUGAUGUAAAUAAAUGUUAAAUUGUAAACCAUCUAAAGACAGAAGUGUGUUUGCGGAAGUGAAGAUGUUGGAGACUAAAGGAGUUUUCUGCAUUUGUUUGGAUGUUUGCUGUCUGAUCUUCGCUGGACUUCCAUUUGCAGUCCUGAAUAUUCAGCACAAACCGUUCAAGAGAGGAUUUUUUUGCAGCGAUUCCAGCAUCAAAUAUCCUUUUAAAGAAGACACCAUAUCUUACCAGUUACUGAUGGGAAUAAUGAUUCCAUUCACACUCUUUACAAUCAUCUUCGGCGAGUGUUUCUCUGUGUAUGUGCGCUCCCGAGCAUCUUUCAGUCAUCAUGAGUAUGUAGCGUGUGUGUAUAAGAGCGUGGGAUCAUUCGUGUUUGGAGCAGCGUUAAGCCAGUCGCUGACUGACAUCGCCAAAUACUCCGUCGGCCGACUGCGACCACAUUUUCUGACGGUGUGUAAACCGGACUGGAGUCUCAUUGACUGUACAUCUGGUUAUAUUGAGAACAUCACGUGUACAGGAGACCCGAGGAUCAGCAGGGAGGCCAGGCUGUCCUUUUAUUCUGGACACUCGUCAUUUUCUAUGUACUGUAUGCUGUUUCUCGCCCUGUAUCUUCAGUCUAGAAUGACGGCCCGGUGGUCUCGGCUGGUGCGUCCGACUCUUCAGUUCUUCUUCAUCUCUACGUCUCUGUACGUGGGUCUGUCACGCGUCUCUGAUUAUAAACACCACUGGAGUGACGUUCUCACCGGUCUCGUGCAGGGUGUCAUCGUGGCUUUAUUUACUGUGUUUUAUGUGUCAGAUCUGUAUGAGAACACUCAGUCAAAGUCUGAUCAGAGUGAGGAUCUGUCUCACACAAGCCUUCAUGAGAACUCUGAUCUGACAAACAACUACGGCACUUCUCAGUGACAUACAUACUGUACAGUAUAUGAAUGGAGUUCCAGAUCAGUAUUACUGCCAACCCUUCUGCUUCUGAAGAACGACACUGAUCAGAUCAGUCACUGUUAAUGACAUCUGCACAGGUACUGUAUAUCCCUGACCAAAAUUAACCAUGGUUUUACUAGAAAUAAAACCAAAAAACAUGGUUACUAUAGUUACACCAUUGUAACCACAAUUUACCAUUGAUUUGCCACAGUCCCCCAUAGUUUUGGUAGUAAAACUGUGGAUAUACAAAAGGUAAUCAAUACACCAAAAAAACAUGGUUACUACACUUUUACUAUAAUGAAACCAUGCGGAUUUACAUUUAGUCAUUUAGCAGACACUUUUAUCCAAAGCGACUCACAGAGAGUUCAGGGAGGAAUAAGCGAUAUGUCAUACAGGAGCAAUAAUACAACAGGUGCUAAUACAAAGUUACUAGUUUCCACAAAAGCCAGAACAACACCUUGGUGGUGUAGAGACCGUACCUAGGGAUGUUUUCUGUAAGGGAUGAAAUAAACACUUAAACGCAAUAACGUUCUAACGUUGCCCAUUAGCUGUUGUACUUUCUUUGUUCUGUAAACAAUGCCUACAUUUACAUUUAUUCAUUUGGCAGACGCUUUUAUCCAAAGCGACUUACAAGUAGGAGAGCAAAUAAACAUUUUGUCAACAUGCCAAACAGUACAGUUAGUUUACAAACCUUACUGUUUGUAGACAAUGCCUAGAGCUUAGUGCUUUUUAAAAACAUAACAACACAUGCUAUACAAUGUAGAGGCCUAGAUUACAAUAAUUCAUAGAGUGUUUUUUAUAAAACAAGACUUAAUUGUUUGGAAAUAAAAUGUAUUUUGUGUAUUUUUAAGUCAGGUCCUUUGUUGUUGUUUUAGUGUAAAUAGUGAGACCAAAUGUAGUAAAAGUAUAGCCUCAAUACAACAUGUUUUAUACAGUUAUGUAUAAUGUAUGUAACUUUAUAUGUAAGAAAUGUGGAGCAGCACAAGUGUCGUUUUGUGGUUCAAUGAUUAUGAUGUACCGUAAAUUAAUUUGAAUGUAAAUGCACCAGAGCUGUACAGCCAACAAUAAAUAAGCAUUUUUAAAUCUC